AUAGUAUGCAAAACUUAUUUAUACUCAAGUUUAAUAUUAGAAAGUUUUUAAUCACCAUUUUACAAGUGCAGUAGACGGAGUGGCAAAUUAAAAUUAUUUUCUUGGCCCUCAGUGACUGUUUUAACGGUAAAAUAAUAUUUUUUAUUGAAAAUGACUACUCCAAACUUUAGUGAAGCCUCCAAUGGUAUUAUGGAAGACCAUACACAGCGUUUUCAUGAUUCUGAAAUAGAAGUUUUAAGCUCUCUAGAAUGGAAAAAUUCCAUUCUAUUGUAUUUUAUUGUUGCUUUGGCAAUUCUAUCAUUUUUGUCUCUCGGUUGUUUGGUGUUUUGGGCGCUAAUAUACCGCAAAGAGGCAAAAAAGGAAAAAGAGGAAGCGGCUGCCAGUUUAAAGCCGACAUAUUGGAAAAAUGAGUAUACGCCAGGUAAAGGAGGUCUAAGUCAAAUACAUCCUCCAAUUAUGGACCUUCAAAAAUGGAAUUCUAUGACUGGCUACUCAGAACAACCCGACUCUAAUCAUAAAAGAAAAAUCAUUUUAAAGAAAUUUGAUUCAGAAGAGAGAAAAAGUGCUAUGGAAAAAAUGAGUAAAGUGACACAAGAAGGAGGCCAAACUUGGAAAUGGAAAGAAAAUCAUUCAAUACAUUAA